AUGACAGUCGAUCCCCCUUCAGACAAACCAGCCCCGUCCCCAAUGGAGGGCGGAUGCGCCUGCGGCUUCUUGCGGUAUCGUCUCGAGGACUCCCCACUCGUCGUGCACUGUUGCCAUUGCACGAGCUGCCAACGAGAGACAGGGACUGCAUUUGCCCUGAACGCCGUGAUCGAGACUUCCAAUGUCACCUCCCUCCCAGCAGCUGCUGCAACAGUGCCCGCAUCCCUGGGAGAUGAAGCAAAGCCAGCCGGCCCUCCGCUGUUCCAGCCUGAAGAGACCACCACUGCCGAGCCGAAGUAUAUCCUCACGCCCUCCGAGUCCCAGAGGGGACAGAGCAUAGCGCGAUGCCCGAGAUGCUACGUGGCUGUUUGGUCGAAUUAUCCUGGAGCUGGGCCGUUGUUUCGAUUCAUCCGCGUGGGUACUCUGGAUGAGCCCUGGAAGGUCGGCCCCGAUGUCCAUAUCUAUACCAGGAGUAAACGGAGUUUUGUUCAGUUGAAUGCGGAUGUGCCGCAGUAUGAGGGAUACUAUCCCACUCGUGAGACUGUGUGGAGCAAGGAAAGUAUGGAAAGGUGGAAGAAAGCGAGAGCUGAAGGAGGGACCGGCACUUCUCUGAACCUCGCAGAACGAGUGGAAGAAUCCCUUCGGAUUUCCUAG